CCGGCGGAAAACACCAUCCCCCUGUCCCUAGAUGUUGUCAUCAGUGACCGGGGACUGGGGCCAGAGGAACCCUCUCUUCCCUCCUCCACUCACUCACUCACUCAUUCAUUCAUUCAUUCUACAGAUUCACCUUGGAGAUAGCGCAGGUUUGUUUCCAGACCCCUGCAGGAAAGCAAAUACUGCGCUAAAGCGAAUCAAGUGGAUUUUGGGUUUCUCGAUGCAUAUAGCAAGGCAAGCGCUGGUGCCCGGGAGGCCUCCGCCGAUGGAGUGUGGCCUGGCUGGUGCGAGCACAGAUGGGCCGGUGAUGAAGAUCAAGCAGGAGAAGCCGGAGUGGUUGCUGCAGACGCUGGGGCCGCAGGCCGUGCUUUCCGAGAAGGAUAAAGAAAACAUCUUCCGCCAGCAGCAUCGGGGCCUCCCGCCAUGCCAGACCAUGGGGAAGCCUCGGGCCUUGGGGGGACAGGAGGAGACUGGGUGGGCCCCUCCCGCUGAGCAGGCCGGGGGUCUGGCAGGCCGGGCUCUUUCUGCCGGCGAGGGUCACUUCGUGUGCCUGGACUGCGGGAAGAGGUUCAGCUGGUGGUCGUCGCUGAAGAUCCACCAGCGCACCCACACCGGGGAGAAGCCGUACCCGUGCGGCAAGUGCGGCAAGAGCUUCAGCCAGAAGCCCAACCUGGCACGCCACCAGCGGCACCACACGGGCGAGCGGCCCUUCUGCUGCCCCGAGUGUGCCAGGCGCUUUAGCCAGAAGCAGCACCUGCUCAAGCACCAGAAGACCCACUCGCGGCCCGCCACCCACUCGUGCCCCGAGUGCGCGCGCUGCUUCCGCCACCAGGUGGGCCUCCGCAUCCACCAGCGCGCGCACGCCCGGGACCGCCAGGGCGCUCGCGCGGGGCUGCAGGAGUUGCUUCGGGACGCCGCCGCCCGCCGGGGCUGUCGCCUGCGACCCGGGCCGCCGCGGGGCCGCCCCGAGUGGGCCUGGCUGGGGCUCUGCCAGGGCUGGUGGCGCCAGGCGGGGGCCCGGGCCGCGAUCGCCGCCGCCGCGGGGCCGGGCGAGCAGCGCCAGUUCAUCUGCAACGAGUGCGGGAAGAGCUUCACGUGGUGGUCGUCCCUGAACAUCCACCAGCGCAUCCACACGGGCGAGCGGCCCUACCCGUGCCCGGAGUGCGGCCGUCGCUUCAGCCAGAAGCCCAACCUGACGCGCCACCUGCGCAACCACACGGGCGAGCGGCCGCACCCCUGCUCGCACUGCGGCCGCAGCUUCCGCCAGAAGCAGCACCUGCUCAAGCACCAGCGCACGCACCUGCCCGGCGCCCAGGCGGCGCGCUGCCCCAGCUGCGGCCAGACCUGCCCGAGCCGCGCCGCGCUGCGGGCCCACCAGCGCGCACACGCCGCUCCCGCCGCCGAGCCGCCGCUCCCCGGGCCCGCCUUGCGGGACGCGGCGCCGCGCUCCAAGCCGCCGGCCGAAGCGCCCUCGGGCCUGUCGGCGCCGCCGCAGCCAUCGCGCGACUCCCAGCCGGCCCGCGGUCCGGGGGGCGUGCUGUGGGGCCGGGCGCGGGCGGGCCUGAGCGCGCCUGGAGAGCCUCGCCAGUUCAUCUGCAACGAGUGCGGCAAGAGCUUCUCGUGGUGGUCGGCGCUCACCAUCCACCAGCGCAUCCACACGGGCGAGCGGCCCUACCCGUGCCCGGAGUGCGGCCGUCGCUUCAGCCAGAAGCCCAACCUGACGCGCCACCGGCGCAACCACACGGGCGAGCGGCCCUACCUGUGUCCCGCGUGUGGCCGUGGCUUCAGCCAGAAGCAGCACCUGCUCAAGCACCAGCGCGUGCACCGGGGCCCCCUGGCGCCCACCCCCGGCGCCAAGGAUCAGGCGCAUUAGUGCGCAGGACGCAGCGGAUGCGCGGUGGGGGUGGGAGGGCAUGUUUGAAGAGCUGCGGGGGCCACGAAUGGCCGUUUUUACAACCCUCGGGGGUAGAACCCGGUGAAAGGGUGAUUUCCUCAAGGCGCUGAAGGCUAGAGGACAGAAUUCCAGAAGCAUCCCCAAGGGCACAGCCCCAGGCGGGGCUGAUGGAGGAGGUAGGAUGAUACAGAUCUCACUCUGGAGCCUGGAUGUGGCCCUCGGUCCCUCAGACGUGGAACCCAGUCCUCAGACCCCUGUGAGGGUGAGGGGGCUGUGAGGGCUCUGGGAGAGGCUCCCCAGACUGUCUCAUGCAGGCUGUCCACCGCCAGAGGCCAGGCUCCAGGGGGAGUUUUAACAGACUGGUAGCAAGGAUGGAAGCCAGUGGUGGUGGCUGAAGCGGGCCAAGCAUAGUCCCAGUGCCAAGGACAAUGCCCGGCACUUCAUGGCCAUUCACUGUGUAUUUUUGGAGAGAGUGAAUGGUUCCCUGGUGGUCCUUCGCCAUGAGUGCCCCAAAGCCCAGGGUGCUGUCAUAGUGGGCGGGCCCUUGGGCCUGUACGCGUGUGGUGGUUCUGCGGAGUUGUAAGAGGGGCCGCGGCAGCUGAGGCUUGGUAACUUGGGGAGGGCCCUGCAGCAGGAAAAAGCCACGUGUGCUGCUCCGACCUAGCAGCCCAGGGGCGCUCCCCACGGCUGUCGCUGACUUGGGUCUUUAUCAAUGCCAUUGUUGCAGAAGAGAAAAAUGAAGGAUUGACUGUC